UUUAUUUUCUGUACACGAAGCUCGAAUUUUGAUCGUCCUAAUUAUUAUUCGAAAUUAAUGUCCGUCGAAUUCAGUCGAACGUGGUGGAAAGAUAAGGAAGAGGUUGGAAAAAGAGGAGGGGAUUAUCUCUCGUCUCUCUCAUUCUCGCUCAUCCAGUUCCAUUUCGUUCCGAGUCGCGCAGACAACGUGUGCGGGUCACUUCGCGCCGAUCUUCAACUCUCCGUUUCUCGACGUCGAUCGACACCGGUCUAUUAAUUUCGCCGAGGAGCACCUUAUUAAGGAUCGAAGAUGCACAGACUAUCUACCAUAUUGAAAGGAACUGCCCUACGCCAGUUCCAGGCACGUACUUAUGCCAAAGAUGUGCGUUUUGGAACGGACGUUCGUGCUUUGAUGUUGCAAGGUGUAGACAUUUUAGCAGACGCCGUUGCAGUGACGAUGGGCCCUAAAGGCCGCAAUGUUAUUGUGGAACAAAGCUUUGGAGGUCCAAAGAUCACGAAAGACGGCGUAACUGUGGCAAAAAGCAUCGAAUUAAAGGAUAAGUUUCAAAAUGUCGGAGCUAAAUUAGUACAAGAUGUAGCUAAUAAUACAAAUGAGGAAGCCGGUGAUGGUACCACAACUGCAACUGUAUUAGCUAGAGCUAUAGCCAAAGAAGGAUUUGAAAAGAUCAGCAAAGGUGCAAAUCCUAUAGAAAUCAGACGAGGUGUAAUGUUGGCGGUAGAUAAAAUAAAAGAUGAAUUGAAAACUUUGAGUAAACCAGUCACGACACCCGAAGAAAUUGCCCAGGUAGCAACGAUAUCCGCUAACGGUGAUCAAGCCGUUGGCAAUUUAAUAUCUGAUGCCAUGAAGAAAGUUGGAAAGGAUGGUGUGAUCACUGUAAAGGAUGGUAAAACUCUCAAUGACGAGCUGGAGGUCAUAGAGGGAUUGAAAUUCGAUAGGGGCUACAUCUCUCCAUACUUCAUCAAUUCCAGUAAAGGAGCCAAAGUCGAGUUUCAAGACGCGCUCCUUCUCUUUAGCGAAAAGAAGAUCUCCUCUGUGCAGAGUAUUAUUCCCGCAUUAGAACUGGCCAACACGCAACGCAAACCUCUGAUUAUAAUUGCCGAGGAUGUAGAUGGCGAGGCUCUGUCGACGCUCGUUGUCAACCGUUUAAAAAUCUCACUGCCAGUGGCUGCGGUUAAAGCUCCUGGUUUUGGUGAUAACAGAAAAGCUACUCUUCAAGAUAUGGCAAUAGCUACCGGUGGCAUUGUAUUCGGCGAUGACGCUAAUCUUGUCAAACUAGAAGACAUCCAGGCAAGCGACUUGGGUCAGGUAGGAGAAAUUAUCAUCACAAAGGAUGACACUCUUAUUCUGAAGGGCAAGGGAAAAAAAACUGAUAUCGACAGAAGAGCUGAUCAGAUCAGGGAUCAAAUCGAGAACACUACGUCCGACUAUGAGAAGGAAAAGCUGCAAGAACGUUUGGCGAGGUUAGCCUCUGGAGUCGCUGUCCUGAGAGUUGGCGGAAGCAGCGAGGUAGAAGUUAACGAAAAGAAGGACCGUGUACAUGAUGCGCUCAACGCCACUCGCGCCGCUGUCGAGGAAGGAAUUGUUCCCGGAGGUGGCACUGCUCUGUUGAGAUGCAUUCCGGCCCUGCAACAGCUCAAGCCGGUGAACAGCGAUCAGGAGACCGGGGUGAAAAUUAUAGCGGACGCUUUGCGUGUGCCAUGCCUACAGAUCGCACAAAACGCCGGUGUCGACGCCAGUGUGGUGGUGUCCAAAGUGAGUGAGGGCAAAUUGGGUUACGACGCUUUGAAGGACGAAUACGUCGAUAUGAUUGAAGCGGGCAUCAUCGAUCCCACAAAGGUCGUACGCACGGCACUCACCGAUGCGGCGGGUGUCGCGUCGCUCUUGACGACGGCGGAAGCGGUCGUCACCGAGUUACCCAAGGAGGAGACGCCGAUGGGCGGUAUGGGAGGAAUGGGAGGAAUGGGUGGUAUGGGUAUGGGUGGUAUGGGCAUGUAAAAAGAACAAAAAAUAGACAAAGACUGAGAAAGGAACAUCAUAUUUGUACCGCGAUCCUGUACGUUAUGAGACACAGCCGCGCAACGUUGUUGAAAUAGAUUCGGACAUUUAAUCUCUAUUCGAGCGAAACAGAGAUCUCCGAUCACAGUUUGUAUUUUGAAACAUUAAAAGUGAUAACACUCGACGCAUCUGAUAUACGAAUCCAUCGUAUGAAUUCGUCGUUUGUUUUACAUUUGCUUCUGUUCUAGGGAUCUGUAACGUUACAAAUAGUAUAUGCAGAUCAUUCAUUAUUUUUAAUUUAAGCGAAGUAUACAUGUAGUACAUGUAGGAAUGUUUCAAAUAUACAAAUGCAUUUAAUUGUAAAAAAAAACGGUUACUACAUUAUGAAACUUGUUGAUAUGUUUAUACAGGUGAUUUUGUGGCGAAUUAACGAUUUAACCAAUUACAUGAUAAUUUUUAAAUAAAUUUCAAUUAUUUUGUCCA